AUAAAUGAUGACACGACAUUUAAUUACCAAAUUGGGACGUAAAAAUAUGCGUAAAAAACAUGGCAUCCACAUGUCACAUGGUCAUAAUUUCCAGAAUAAGGAUAAUGUAUAAGCUUUUCCAAUUACUGUAAUGAAAGUUACAUUUGGUCCAUCACGAAGACGUAAAACAGAUCCCCGUAUUGUCCCUUGGCAAUACUUAGUGACUGCAGAGAGCGUAUGUAGCUACAUUCGCUUGGUAAAUAAUAGACAUGUAACAAUAGAUCAAAAACAAAAAUCGGGAGAUUAGUUUCUGUUUUUUUCUAUAGAAUCUAAACAUUUGGAUUGAAUCAUGUCAGAUGAUGAGAGGGAUGCAAACAUGACGGAGCCUCCGUCAGUGGAUAUACCGCUAAAUGAUCGUGUUAAUGAUACAUCGCGGCGUUCUAGCAGGGCAUCAUCCGCCUCUACAUCAUCAUUUGAAGAUUUAAACACACUCCGCUUGAAGAAUACGAGGCGGCAUUCUGGACAGUCGUACCAAAGUGAUAUCAGUGAGGGACCUGCAACGGUGGAAGUAGGUGAAAUAAGGUCGCCUUUGAUUGAAUCUGGAACCUCAAGUACUGCACCUACAUCUCCGCACGGUAUGUUGGCUUUCAAGAAGUCUUCGAUAGAAGAACACCCGAUUCACACACAUAAUACGACACCACCAGCGUCACCAAACCUGCAAUCUACACGAGCAAGCGCUCAUAGCGUUUCUCCUAAACCUAACGCAAAGGGAACGAAAGCUAACCCAAAGCCAAAUAAAACAAAGGGAAAGAAAGGGAAAAUACCGGAAAAUAGAGAUCCCGAGGAUGUAAAUGGCAUUGUGAAGAUUGAUUUCGAGGAGAUAUUUGCCGAACCGGAAGGGACGUACAGUUUUGGUACCGUAUGGGGAGCUACAUACAGGAUUUUCACCGAUUCAAAAGUGUGGUGUUAUAAAUUUCUUUCUGCACUAUGUGGUGUGCCGUGUGCUUUGUGCUGGGGUCUUCACUUUGCGUGCCUUUCAUUCUGUAUGAUUUGGUAUUACCAGCCAAGUAUCAGGAGUUUCUCCAUACAAAUGAAACCUUUACAGAAAGUAUACGGUGUGCUAGUGAAUUCUUUCAUUGAACCUUGUUUUGCGGCUGCUGGAAAACUUUUUAGCAACAUCAAAGUGUAUAAUACAAACGACUGAGUUAGAGAUUCGAAUUUAAUUCUUUUGAAAAGGCUAUAACCCCUAGCGGAUAAGUGCAAUUUUAUUACAACUGUCAUCUUCGUCAUUGUCAUCUUUAGAUGAGCACUAUAUUUACAAUUCAAAACAAUGUAUACUCAUUUUUGAUCUGAACAUUUGUGUUAGUUCUUUAGUUUUCAUUUUUUAUUUGUAUUUAAAUAUAUUUGCAAUGUAAAAGUGUCAACUGCUUAAGACUUUUUUCUGAUACCCGAUACGGUUAACAUGUAUCUAUUUUUCUUAAAAGAUAACGCGUCUCAUUCCCUAUUUCUAUACACGUGCAUAUAGAAGUUUUGACGUUAAAAUUAAAGUAGAUAUCAGAAAUUGUA